GCACCCGCACGGCUCCUCAGACGCCGGCAUCAAGGCAAGUAUGUGGCUACCUGCGCUAAGGAAUCAAAUUUACAGAGAUGGGAGAACUCCUCCGGCUUUGAAACUACUCUAAGGAGAGGGUCAUCCUGUCACUCCUGCAAACACUAAUCAAUCAUGGGAUUUGAAGAUAAUACUACUAAAUAAAUGAAUUGCUUAAUCUCCUAUGACCACCUAUACAUGCUUCAUCUUCACAAAGCUUAUCAAUUUUGUGCCAUCAAGGACAGACUGACCUUCAUUUCCACAAAAUGCCUCUUACUACUGGACAAGUUGGUUGCAAAAUUACCACUUAUUAUCAACAGAAAAGUCUUCAGUGUUCAUCAGUUGCACACGCAAGUGUGUGUUUUAUCUACUGACCAGGUCAUACUGAAUUCCAAAACAAUCAUUGUGGAAUAGUAAGGAACUUGAUACUUUUAUGAGCUAAGAUGAAGGACAUGCAACUCAAAAUUAAUUUUCUACUUGGCCUAGUUGUUACUUCACUACUACAAGUUGUAGGAAGAAAAGCAGACUGCCCGGAGUCAUGUAUAUGUGAGAUCAGACCUUGGUUCACCCCCAGGUCGGUCUAUAUGGAGGCGCCAACAGUGGACUGUAAUGAUUUAGGUCUUUCUAAUUUUCCAGCCAGACUGCCUGCUGACACACAGGUUCUACUUCUACAGACUAAUAAUAUUGCAAAAAUUGAACAAUCAGUGGACUUCCCAGUGAAUUUAACUGGUCUGGAUUUAUCUCAAAAUAAUUUAUCUUCAGUGACCAGUAUAAAUCUUAGAAAAAUACCACAGCUGCUUUCAGUGUACCUUGAGGAAAACAAACUUACUGAACUCCCUGAAGAAUGUCUCUCUGGACUCCACAAUUUACAAGAGCUCUACAUUAAUCACAACCUGCUUUCUGAGAUUGCACCGGGAGCUUUCAGAGGCCUCAAUAACCUUCUCAGACUUCAUCUCAAUUCAAAUAGUCUGCAAAUGAUCAACAGUAAGUGGUUUGAAGCUAUUCCUAAUCUCGAGAUUCUCAUGAUUGGAGAAAAUCCAAUAAUCAGAAUCGAAGAUCUUAACUUUAAGCCGCUCAUCAAUCUGCGCAGCUUAGUUUUAGCAGGCAUAAAUCUCACUGAAAUACCUGAUAAUGCUUUGGUUGGCCUUGACAAUUUAGAAAGCAUAUCAUUUUAUGACAACAGAUUUGUUAGAGUGCCCCACAUUGCUCUUCAAAAGGUUGCAAAUCUUAAAUUUCUGGAUUUAAAUAAAAAUCCCAUUAACAGAAUACGAAGAGGAGAUUUUAGCAAUAUGUUGCACCUAAAAGAGUUAGGAAUUAAUAACAUGCCUGAACUGAUUUCCAUAGAUAGCCUUGCUGUUGAUAAUUUGCCAGAUUUAAGAAAAAUAGAAGCAACCAACAACCCCCGGUUAUCAUAUAUCCAUCCCAAUGCAUUCUGCAAGCUUCCCAGGCUGGAAUCUCUCAUGCUCAACAGCAAUGCCCUGAGUGCCCUGUACCGCAGUACAAUUGAGUCCUUGCCUAACCUGAAGGAAAUCAGUAUACACAGCAAUCCCAUUCGGUGUGAUUGUGUCAUCCGCUGGAUUAACAUGAAUAAAACAAAUAUUCGCUUCAUGGAACCAGAGUCACUGUUUUGUGUGGACCCUCCCGAAUUCCAAGGCCAGAACGUGAGACAGAUUCACUUCAGGGAAAUGAUGGAAAUCUGUCUCCCCCUGAUCGCUCCUGAAAGUUUUCCAUCUACUCUUGACGUAAAAUCCGGCAGCCAUGUUUCCUUACACUGCAGAGCAACAGCAGAACCAGAACCUGAAAUCUACUGGAUAACGCCAUCUGGACACAAACUUUUGCCUAAUGCCAUUUCCAAUAAGUACUACAUCCAUUCUGAAGGAACGCUAGACAUAAGUGACAUAACACAAAAAGAAAGUGGCUUGUAUACAUGUAUAGCGACAAAUUUAGUGGGGGCAGACUUAAAAUCAAUCAUGAUUAAAGUGGAUGGCUCUUUCCCUCAGGACAACAAUGAAUCCUUGCAUAUUAAAAUAAAAGACAUAAAGUCUAACUCUGUUUUAGUUUCAUGGAAAGCAAGUUCUAAAAUUCUGAAGUCCAGCAUUAGAUGGACAGCCUUCCUGAAAGAGGAAAACUCUCACGCUGCACAGAGUGCUCGAAUUCCAUCUGAUAUAAAGGUCUAUAACCUUACCCAUCUAAAUCCAUCAACUGAAUACAAAAUUUGUAUAGAUAUUCCCACUAUCUAUCCACACAACAAGAAGCAAUGUGUCAAUGUAACCACAAAAGGACUGGACUCUGCCGUGAAAGACUAUGAAAAGAGCAACAUACUAGGAUUCCUCGCCUGCCUUGGUGCUCUUCUGGGAAUCACCUCUGUGGUCUAUCUCUACAGCUGCAUCUCACAAGAGAUGAACUACGAUGUAGGACACAGCUAUUUAAGGAAUUAUCUGAAGAAACAAUCCUUUUCACUCAACGAGCUUUAUCCUCCUCUAGUCCAUCUCUGGGACAUGGGCAAAGAAAAAAGCACAGCCAUGGAAGUAAAGGCAACUGUAAUAGGUGUUCCAACCAAUAUGUCAUAAAUGUGUCACUGUAUUAACUUAAUUGCUGAAAAAAAGAAGCACAUGACUGCAUUUGUGCUGAAUAAAAAGGUCACAAGAAAAAAAAGCAAAAAAAAAAAAAAGCAAAAAAAAAAAAAGCGCAUUUCUUUUAGAAAUUAUAUGCCUGGACUUCGCUGCUGCUGAGAAAUGGGAAUAUGUACUGAAUCAGCAUUAAAGGAAGAAUCUGAACUAACUCACUUCUAAGGGUGUUCUACCAACCAAAUACGAUUAAUUCAACAUUCUGGAACUUCCAUGAGACUUAAGUCUGGAAUACAGUGCAAAUAGCCAAGAACAUUUUCUGUAUUUUUCUUUUUUUUUUUUAUUAUAUAAGAGUAGUGGAACUGAGCAAUACCUCCUCCUGUGCUGUAAUACACACACUAGCCACGAGUUUUUGCAGUGAACAGAUAAACUAGAAUUGACACAUGGUGUAAUGAAAUGGACAAGUUCUGUAGAGUAGACACAGUGA